UUGUAAAUGAAAAAGCGUCAACCAUGGAACAACGAUUUUGAGGGUUGAGUUCAGUAUAUGAGCCCUCAUCAUCGUUCACUUUUCCAUUCACAUUGAAGAAAAAAAAAUGGGUGCAAACAAGCGCCGGCCGGAGGAUGAGAGCGGAUCCGAACCCGACCCGGAUUCAGACUCCGGCAAAGACGAGGAUUCCAGAAAAUCCGACGGCGGCAGAAAACGGACGAAGGGCGGGAAGAGUAAAACCAGAAGCUCGAACUCAAAACGACGACGUUCGAGGGAAAGCGACUCCUAUUCAUCGUCCUCGUCCGAGUACGAAUCGGAUUCGAGCUCCGAGUCGGAAUUUUCGGACUCGGAGGAAGAGAGGAGGCGACGGAGGAGAGAGAGGAGGCGGAGGGAGGAGAAGAAGGAGAAGCGGAGGAGAGAGAAGGAGAGGUCUAGAAAGAGGAAGAGGAAGGAGGACGACAGGAAAAAGAAGAAGAAGAAAGAUAAGAAGGAGAAGGAUAAAGGGCAGAAAGGCGCUGUCACGAACUCAUGGGGCAAAUAUGGGAUUAUCAGGGAAACUGAUAUGUGCUAUGGUUACAUCUGUGGUGAGAAUAAGACACCUUUGGGAGACUGCAAAAUUGGUGUGAGGAAUAAACGACCCGAGUUUACCGCCUGGCUAGCAGAAAUUAAAAAGAUUGUGCUCCGGCUGAACAAUUUGAUUUUCCUUGAGCAGGUGAACCUGGAGAGUCUGCCUAACUGGGAAGAGAAGCAGCUUUUCAAAGAUUUCAUGGAAGAUCAUAACACGGCUACCUUCCCAUCUAAAAAAUAUUACAACCUUGAUGCUUAUUACCAGCGUAAAAUGGAAAAAGAAAUGAAAAAGGGCUACACCAAAGCAGUGGAGUCUGAACGUACUGUAUUUAAUGAUGAAGAACAGCGAAGGCUCGAACUACAACAAGAGCGCGAGAGACGAAAACAGCAAGAAGUGGAGGAUUUGAAGCGUUCCAUGCAGAGUGGAAUGGCACAGGCAAUGAAGGAACAAGCUCAACUCCGGGAAGAGAUGGCUUACCAGUACAAGAUCGGGAACUUUGAGGCGGCAGCUGCUAUUCAGAAGAGGUUGGACCCGGACGUUGCUAUGUAGGAGUUUCUGCAGUAUAAAGUUUACAUAAGCAUAAGCUCUACUCAGUUUGGUUAAAAGGGACUGGCUUUGUUACUAAUAUGUCACUUUGGGAGAUAGUUUCUUAACUGCUUCUUUGUCGUGUAUUUGUUUAUUAAACUUAAAACAGACUUCUACGAAGAUAUAAAACAUGAAUUUGGUGCUCGUGACACUUUUAAGCUUUGCUCAAUAACGGUUUGAGCUCAAGCUCGAGUAUUAAGAGCUCGAGCCACGCUCAUUUUGUUUACACCUAUUCAUGUAUUCUUGAUUUUUUUGUAUGGUAUAAUCCACCAAUAUUGAAAAUUAGUGAAAUGAAAACAAAAAAUUAGUGAA